CAACCAAUCAGCGGCUGUCAGAGACACACGAGCGGUGACAAUAUCCACGGAGCAGGGUGCGUGCAGCAGGAACAAAGAAGCCGCCCGGCUGCAUGUAGCGCGUGCUCUCACUUCGUACAAGCAGCUUUCUGUUGCUUUACUUUAAACUCUUUGCUCUGAACUCUUUCAUGUCACUCUGCGUCGCAGCUGACUGCGUGGUUUCGCUGUGGAUACAAGGAAACUUGGCGUCGUGAGAGGUUUUAUCCGGUCGCUUUUCUCCAAAGCGUCUUGCCUUGGAUACGCUGGCCGCACGGUACCGCACGGAGUGUGGUUCCCCCUGGUUGAAGACGGCUUGUGUCCAAUAGCACCUUUCCACCCAGGACCCACUGUGUUGCCAAUGCGCCCAUGAGGUAACGUCGGGACCCUCGGCCCCCUCAUUAACCCUUGGUCCAUCCAUUUCCCUUCCCUCUGCCCCUUCUUUCCUUGGACAGCCAUGGGCCAGAAGAUCUCUGGCAGCAUCAAGUCAGUGGAUGUACGUGGGGAGCCCUCAUAUCGGCCAGUACGCCGCGAACUGCGCGGCCCAGAUUUCUGUCGGCCCCCCAGGCUGGAUUUACUGCUGGACAUGCCUGCGGCCAGCUCUGAGGCUCAGCUUCGUCACGCCUGGAACCCUGACGACCGGUCACUGAAUGUCUUUGUAAAGGAGGACGACAAGCUGACGUUUCACCGACAUCCAGUGGCACAGAGUACGGACUGUAUACGUGGGAUGGUGGGCUACACCCGGGGCCUCCAUGUGUGGAGGAUUCACUGGCCGUCCAGACAGAGAGGAACCCACGCUGUCGUCGGCGUGGCCUCUGCUGAAGCAUCUUUACACUCUGUGGGCUACACGGCCCUGGUGGGCUCGGACUCUGAGUCCUGGGGCUGGGACUUGGGUCGGAACAGACUCUACCAUGAUGGAAAGAACCGCCCCGCUUCUACGUUGGCCCCCACGUAUCCCUGUUUCUUGGAGCCAGAUGAGUCAUUUGUGCUUCCAGACUCUCUGACAGUUAUACUUGAUAUGGACGAAGGAACACUGAGCUUCAUGGUAGACGGACAGUAUCUGGGAGUAGCUUUUAGAGGACUCAAAGGCAAGAGACUGUAUCCUAUCGUCAGUGCUGUGUGGGGGCACUGUGAAGUAUCUAUUCGCUACGUCAAUGGACUAGAUCCGGAGCCCCUCCCCCUCAUGGACCUGUGCAGACGAGUAGCUCGACUGGCUCUGGGCAGAGAGCGCAUCCAUCACAUCGACACACUCCCACUGCCGCAGACGCUCAAGAACUACCUCCAGUACCAGUGACCACGCACAGAUGGGAAGGCACCGAGGCCCAUGUGCUCUCAUGGUAACAGCCUCCAAACUGAACUAAGUGGAACAUCUGCGGAGGAUGCAGACGAGGAUGCAGACGAUGACGCUCUCUACGACGACGGCGCAGAAAGGGGUUUUGUUUACAACAGAUGGGGGGGGGGGGGGGGGUUUAAUUUUGAAUGUUUUUAGCUCUUUCUCCUGGACAGACGAGAGCAGCUGACGAGAUAAAGGAGUGAGAAAUGAAGACCACCCUGCUGAUCACAUGUAGAGAGGGUAAGGCCUUACAUGCUGUGAUUGUGGGCGACGCUUUUACUCCACAUCUUUUCUGCAGACUCUGGAAGCCUUCUCGGAAACGUGUCGGUAUUUAUAUUCCCAACACAGCCGGCUCUGUGGAGACGCAACAAUCCCUCCAAGCCACAGGGGAGGGAGGGAGAGACGGUAAGGGGAUGAGGGAGAUGUCCACACACGCUUCUAUUUGUGUGUACACAGCGCAGCACACACUACAUACAGUACACACUGUGUGUGUGUUGAGUGCACAGAAACAAAGCUCCGUCUGUAGUAAGAAGACAACUCACUGACGAGCAGGAUGUUUCCACCUACAGGCUACACAACAACACAACAACAACAACACAACUCCAGUCUGGUUUGAAGGUUGUGCGUCUCCUGCCGCCGUCUCUCCGUCUCUUCAUGACUCCACCAUGUUUGGUGAACUCUAAGGACCGGGGGCGCUGUUAGUCGGAGCUCCUGUAACGCUGAUGGAGAUUAAUCUGAAGGUGAAGUCUUUGACUGUAAUGUGCCUGCGCUGUCACAAGAAGCACAUGACCACACUUCUGUCGUAUCAGAAGAACCCCCCCCCCCCCCCCCAAGUUUUAAAAUGCUGCUUUUUCAUCUUUUUCUUCCACCGUCUUACCCUCAUGUGGGUUUUUAUGCCUGAUUUACUUCUGAUGGUCUUAUGAUGACAUUUUAUUUUAGGUUUCCAUUUUUUUUGUUUCAUUCCAUGGAUCAUGAGAUUUGUCUGCGGGACAGGUCGUCUCGCAGGUAUAGGUAGAAACAUGUGCUGCCAUGAGAAUCUUUUAAAUGUGAAAUAAGAAUAAACUCGGCUGAACUCGCA